AUGUUAGCCAUGGGAUCCCUCACUUACGGUCUUUCAAUAAACAUAUACGGUCGCGGGAACGCCAAGCUCGGCGACGGCCCCUCCCAUAUGGGAAUCGCCAUCUACGAGGACGGCUCCUCAACCUGCGAAAUGCACCAUAUACGCAACCCCACAGACGAAGACUUCAUCUACGAUCCGCGGACGCAGCCGCUCGAGGACCCGGCUUUAAAGGUAGCUGUGAGCUUGCUUCGCUCGAUUCUGAACAGAGCCAACAAGCUGCUAGCCCGAUCUCUGCGUUUGGGAAAGACGAAUCGAACAUCCCCGAGUUCGGCGUCGGAAAUUGCCAAGACUGGGUUGCUGGUGCAGUUAGAAUGCUUGAGCAUGCUGGUGUUGUUUCUUCCGGAGAAGGGGGAUUCUGGAAGAGUAUGA